ACAACACGCUUAAGAAAAGCCGGGACAAAACCUGCCCCCUUUCUCCUUCCCCUUCCCCUUCCCCUUCCCCCUCCCCCUCCCUCCUCGAUCUCUGCUCUAAUAAAAAACUCUUAUUAGUCAAUUAGAUUUCUACUGAAAAUCCGUAUAACCAAUUUCAGAGAAAAUCGCAGCAGCGUUUUAAAUUUCGGGUAGGAGUAAACCAUGUUUAACCGGCUGUUUGGAAAACCUAAGCAGGAAACGAGUGCUCUAGCUACGUUAGACAAACUAAAUGAGACACUUGAAAUGCUAGAGAAAAAGGAGAAGGUACUUGUUAAAAAGGCUGCUGCUGAAGUUGAAAAGGCCAGAGAAUUCACCCGGACAAGGAACAAAAAGGCGGCUAUUCAAUGUUUGAAGAGGAAGAGGCUUUAUGAACAGCAAAUAGAGCAGCUUGGAAAUUUCCAACUGCGAAUUCAUGAUCAGAUGAUAAUGUUAGAAGGUGCAAAAGCCACUACAGAAACUGUAGAUGCAUUGAGAACUGGGGCAUCUGCAAUGAAGGCAAUGCAGAAGGCAACAAAUAUUGAUGAUGUGGACAAGACAAUGGAUGAGAUCAACGAACAGACAGAAAAUAUGAAACAGAUACAGGAGGCACUGUCCACUCCCAUUGGUGCUGCAGCUGAUUUUGAUGAGGAUGAAUUGGAGGCGGAACUUGAAGAAUUAGAAGGUGCUGAAUUGGAAGAACAACUCCUUCAGCCUGCAACCACAGCUCCAGCAGCUCCAGUGCAGGUUCCGGCAGGAAGGCAACCAGCCCGCCCAGUUGCUCAAAAGCGCACAGCUGAGGAAGAUGAACUUGCCGCCUUACAGGCUGAGAUGGCACUUUGAGCAGGUUUUCAUUUGUUUUGUUAUAGACUUGAUAUUUUUUACCAGAAUGUUGAAGAGCUUAUUUAAAGAUUGGUGAAUAGGAAUUUAUGCUGCUUUACGCAUCAUACGUGCAUUUAGUGGCUUGAGCAGAAUGUAUAUAAAGAUGGCUAAAGAAACUGUCUUGAUUAUGUAACCUGUGUUCUGAGAGUUUAUUCAGUUAUUUCUCCGUCUGUCCGCGCUCUCAAUGCGAACAACUUUUUUUUUCUUGCAAGUUUAAACUUUCAUCAUGUCACCUUGUUAUCCUUGCAUUGUCUAUUAGGCAAUAGUACAGAGCAAGGAAAUGUACGUAAUAUGAUAGUCUUUGUGGACGAAUAACAUUAGCCAUUACUUGGAAUA